AUGAAUACGAUCAAGGAGAAGGAGAUAGAAUUACAGGCUGAGUUAAGGGCUGAGCUCGCUGAGCCACUGCCAAGCAUAGGCCGAAUCAACAUACCGAAAACUCGAUACAUCAAUCCGGAUGUGGUUGCGCAGUAUGAAAAGAUCACCUCAACGUCAAUGAAUUCGUUGGAUGCAUUGGAAGAAAAACUAGCCGAAGUGGAAGCGCGGAAGAAAAAAGCACGUAAACUCAUCACCACGCAUCAGUUAAGGGCGAAGAAGUUCCGG